GUGAAGCAGUUAGUAGAAUCUUUUACAGAGGGCUCAAGAGAUUUUAUCAUUGAAGCCUAAAGAUUAACAGCACUGAGAUUCAGAGUCAUAAAAAAGUCUUGAACUUAACAAAGAACUCUUUUUUUUCCUUUUUUUGUGUGUGUGUGUGUCUCUGAACAUCUCUUAUCAUAGUCUUCAAGUCCCUUCAUCACAUCCAAUUUUGUUUUCUCUCUCAUCAAAACCUCUAGAAGGGAUUCAGAUUCAGGAUUAGUUCUUUCUUUGGAGCUCAUUUGCUGCCUUUCCGGGUUCAGAUUCGGGAAUUUGUUCGGUUGCUCAAGUGGUUUGAGAUGGGCAUAUAUCUGAGUACUCCUAAAACAGAUAAAUUUUCUGAAGAUGGCGAGAACAGUAGGCUUAGAUUUGGUCUGUCUUCCAUGCAAGGAUGGCGUGCUACAAUGGAAGAUGCGCAUGCAGCACUUCCUGACCUGGAUUCUUCCACAUCAUUCUUUGGUGUUUAUGAUGGUCAUGGAGGUAAGGUGGUUGCCAAAUUCUGUGCCAAGUACCUUCAUCAGCAAGUGCUCAAGCAUGAAGCAUAUUUGGCUGGUGAUAUAGGGACUUCAGUUCAAAAAGCUUUUUUCAGGAUGGAUGAGAUGAUGCGUGGGCAGAGAGGCUGGAGGGAGUUGGCUGUUCUGGGGGAUAAAAUAAACAAGUUUACUGGCAUGAUAGAGGGUCUGAUAUGGUCACCAAGAGGUGGUGACAAAAAUGACCAAGCUGAUGAUUGGGCAUUUGAGGAGGGACCGCAUUCUGAUUUUUCUGGACCAACUUCUGGUUGUACUGCUUGUGUUGCGCUCAUUAAGGGAAACCAACUUGUUGUUGCAAAUGCUGGUGAUUCUCGCUGUGUAAUUUCUAGAAAUGGCCAGGCAUACAAUCUUUCAAGAGAUCACAAACCUGAUCUUGAGGUCGAGAGAGACAGAAUUCUAAAAGCUGGUGGUUUUAUCCAUGCUGGUCGUGUCAAUGGCAGCUUGAAUCUUGCAAGAGCCAUAGGUGAUAUGGAGUUCAAGCAAAACAAGUUUCUGCCUCCAGAAAAGCAAAUUGUAACUGCCAAUCCCGAUAUUAACAUUGUUGAACUUUGCGAUGAAGAUGAGUUCGUCGUGCUUGCCUGUGAUGGCAUUUGGGAUUGCAUGUCAAGCCAGCAACUAGUAGAUUUCGUACGGGAGCAGCUGAAAUCUGAAAGUAAGCUUUCUGUGGUCUGUGAAAAAGUACUCGACAGAUGUCUGGCGCCUACGACUGCCAGCGGGGAGGGCUGCGACAACAUGACCAUGAUACUGGUACAAUUUAAGAAGCCAACCCCAUCAGGUACAUCUUCAGAUGAGAAAUCCUCAACUUCUGAGGAAGCCGAGGCCGAGCCAAAGCCAGCAGAGAAUGAAUCAUAGUGUUCGUGUGUACCGGUUAGUAAAAUCUGAUCCCCCUUACGGAAUGUGUUCGACGCUUUUAAUCCGUGUAUGUACAUAACUCCGUCGAGGCUGGAAAAAUCAAAACAGUUCGCCUUUUCUUCACUUUCUUCUCUUCAUACUUUGAAAUGUACCUGAAGAAUCUGUAUAGAUGAUUCAACUGCAGGUUUUAACAUGUCUACUGAUGGAUACAACUUCAUUUGAUUACA